GUAAGUCAGGGCACGAAUACGGAAGGACCCGGGUGGGAUUUUUUUUUUAAACAGAAGAAAGAAAUUUGAAAGCUACGGAAAGACACUCUAUGAUUGCACAAAUUAUUUCAAUGUACACUUUGAUGACCCCACUCUGAGUUUCCUCUCUCCCUUUGCUUAAUGAAGUUAACGAAGCAUAACACAUACCAUGCAGGCGUUAGGAUAAAAAUAACUGACACCAAAAUGCUAUCAUACUUUCUUUUAUGCAAAGUCACAUGACGGUGACUAAGAUCUUAAUUGGACCUAUAGAAUGUCUUUGUGGUAAGAGAUUACACGGACUUGAUUCAUAUUUGACUGAGUCUUUGAUAAGCUCGUGAAUAAUAGUGAAACCAUGGAGGAAGUAGUUAGUGAUUUCGCCCUGUGAGAGACAGACGUCCGUCACGCGAGUAAGGUAUUGUGUUGACAUGGGGUCUGCGGUUUCACUCAUCGAGUAAAUAAAUCAGGGGAAAGGUGAUCAGACGAACAGUGACAAAGAACUCGCGUCAUUGAAAGGGUUUCUCUUGCGAUUGCUCUUAAAAUGGACCAGACUUAUGAAAAGAACCACGAACAUUGUCAAAACUGCUUCAAGCUUUAUUGCACAAGCAAUGAAAAAUGCAAAGUCAUUGCCUGUGAUUCAGGUUGCUGCUUGCGAAUGCACGAGUGUAAACUGAGCGAACACAAACUCGUAUGCUUGAAGGCGAAAACUCCGUGUACGAACUCCUUUUACGGUUGCCCUGCCGUUCUACCAAGGGAGAGUAUCAAGAGCCAUCUGUCUAUUUGUCCAGCUAGCGCGAUAUUCUGUACGAUGGAGUGGAAUCGUUAUCCCGUGUAUUCCAAAUCCAGGCUUAGCUGGGUUCCUUUCUUUCAACCGAAUCCUGUGCUUGUAAAGGGGCAACUGGACGUAGAGCUGGCGCUGCGGGACCAAAGAAUCCUUAACGACGUAUUUAAGAAAAAGUGCCGAAAGGGGAAAGCAAAGGUAGAUGUAUUACGUGUCCGUAACAAGAAGGUUUCUACAACAGCACAAGAUAACGGAAUUGAAAAGCCGCCAAGGCACGUGGAAAGCGGGACUGAAAUGGCACCGGCAUUGCUAGAAUUAGAAAAGAAAUUGAGUCUAAAAAACUCUGAAAAUAGCGGCGAAACAAAUAAUAUAAGCCGAAGCCAAGAGUCUAGAAACGAAUCAAAUUCAAUAAACGAAAUUGAAUUAGUUUCGGCCUCGUGUGAACAUAAUAUCGUGGAUCUUGCCGAAAGCGAAAUUUCCCGAAGGCUCAAUCAGUGUGUGUUGUCAAGUGAAGACAAAGAACAAGCUGGAGCAGCGCUACCUCUUGCUGAUACCGAAACAAAACCAUACAAUGGAUCUAAUGCUCCCAUCGACUCUUCGCACGCAUCAGUUAAUAUUCCUCACAACUCUGUGAUCGAUAAGAGAUCUGAUUUGAACUCUAGUUCGUCUGAUAAUAGAACACAUUGUUUUGAUGACAACAUCAAAUCAGCGGAAUACGAAACUACAUCCCUCCCCCCUCCCCCUAAGUUUGUACCAAUACAUUUGGCAGAGCCCCUGGGUCUCAAUGUUAUGUUAGAGACUUUACCUAAAUUUCAAAAGCAAACCCCACUGUACUCCAUCCCUUGUAAUCAGGUGUUCCGCCGUGACGAGUAUGGGGAACAUUUCAAGGCAGUUCAUAGUGACAUACACGGUGGGUUAAAUGGAUGGCUUGAAGAAAGAUGCCCUCUUGCUCAAUAUGGCUGCACGUUUGUGCGGUACAGACUCCACCCAAACACACAGUGUGGUGGAGUUGUUUUUAAUCAAGACCUUGGUAACUUUGGAAUAAGGACAUGCAUGAAGGACCAACAAUGUCCCCAUAACAUCCCAAGCACAGGCAACAACAACUUGCUUUGCCUGCUUCCUGUUGAGAUUCUUCAGACCAUAGCAGGGAUGCUUGAUGGCUUCGGUUUGUGGAACUUGUCUCGCACAUGCAAACUCCUGCGAGAGGUUUGCCGAAGCAUCCUGGAGAAGAAGGGGAUAGUAAUGUUUGAGUGGGAGAAGAGGAUCCAUGACAAUGGGGAGUGGUCCUGGCAAGUCAGGCAAAGGAAAUGGUUCUUUUCGACAUCGUUUACUCCUAUUAAAUCGUGGGUUCACUCAAACACUCCUACCAUGACAGCACAUCUGGAGAAGUGUAGCUUCUAUGACCGACAUGUCCAUCACAAACAGUUCCGUUACCACUCCACACAGAUCCCCACUCAUGUGGGAACCUUUGACGACACUGGGUGGGCCAGCUCGGAGUAUGAGGAUAUCAUGCUUCCAUCUCAGAUAAUCCAAAACUUUGAAAGGUCAGAGUACUUUGGAGGGUGUAUGAGAGAUGCCAGCAGAGGUGCAGUGAAUGGGAAUUAUCGCGAACAUCAAGGGAAGCACAACUUGGAGUUUGUGAUUCAGUGCAAUGAGCACUUUGCCGGACUUGAGCAUUUGGAGCCACAAUUACCUGAUACCCCUAACCUUGCCCUUUCCCCUGCUCAAGAGGAAGAAGGUAAAAGUAGCAUAGCACAGGGAGAAGAGAGUGGAAUGGAGGAGCUUUUGAGCACUGAUGAUCAUGAGUUUGAUCCUUGUCACACAGCUGACAAGAUUGCCCAGGCAUAUCUUUACAUGUAUUCUGGUGGAGAACCCGGGCUGGCCAGUACUGAACAGUCAAGACCUGAUGAAGAUUACAGCUUGCCUCUAGUGCAUGUGCCAUCAUCUUGGGAGCCAACUCAACCAGUCCAGCAAGGCAGUCUGGACAUUGAUGACUUUACUCUGGCAUCAGAACAAGAGCUUAUAUCUUGUCCUGAGACACCAUUUAAUAUCCAGGACCCAUCACUUCUUCCUGAUCCUUUGCAGCAUGAGGGUUUGAAAGAAGCUAAGGAGGCAGCUGAGGUUGUCGCUAAUGCUUACAUGUAUCUUUACACUGGGUCUCCCAUUAGGAAUGCAAUCACAGUGCACAAUGAAUCACUACCCUGUGAUUCAGCAUAUAAUUACCAACCUCCAGUAAAUGAGGCUUUAUCACAAUCUGGCCAAGACCAGGAUUUGCCACUUCUAGAUUCCAUAGAUGGGAGGGUAGAAAACAGUGUAGGUAAACCUCAAGAAAGUGUUCCCAAUAGUGAUCAAGGUGCAAGCAUUCCAACUGCUAAACAAACAACUUCCUCAAAUACUCCAUAUAUACAGGACACUGGAAGUAUCCAUGUCACUGGAGUUUGCCAAGAUGACAGUAGUUCCACUUCAGAUGAAGACAGUAACCUGUUUGCUUCUGCUAGCGAUGGUGAGGUGUCCUCAGAUGGUCAGGGCGAGAGCAGCACCUCAAUGCACAUCACAGCUGGGGGAGAGGGACCCCUGUUUGUCAGUGUUGAGGACAUAGAGCAUGACGAGGUUGGCUGUAGUCAUGUUGCCUAUGAAAUUCAUGUCAAAGUCUGAAAGCAAAUACCCUGUGUACCAGAGGCUCCAGGCUUCCCAUCCCUGUCAACUCGGGUCAGUACACAGCUCUUACAAGCUGCAAUUUGAUUGGGCAAAUGAACAAUAUCCGCACCUCAACA